AUGGAAGAUGACUCGGAAUACGGUUAUUACCCACAUUACUCGGACGACUAUGUUCUGAAUGACAACGUUACAGAUGUACUGGAUGAUCCAAACGAUCCAAUGCAGAAAAUGGUAGUGCUAACAGUACAAUUAAUAAUGAUAUGCGGAGGUACACUUGUCACACGCCGACACCUUAUUACGGCUGCUCAUUGUUUUUGGAAUAACCCAGGUACAGAUGGGUGCAGCAUCAAGGAUAUGUUACCGAUUAAAUAUGUAAGAAAAAAUGGUAUGGCCACAGUUGGUGCCAUUUGUCGCGCGGAAAGCAAUUCAGCCAAAUGCAGUGGCGAAGAAGCCGGCACUAAACUUCGGAUCAAGAACGCCUUCUAUGAAAGGUUCUUCAAAGAAGGAUGUACUGGAAGCAGUGAUUUUGCAGUCGUCGAACUGGAAAGGGAUGUUCCCAAAGGAAUUUAUCACGCGUGCUUGCCUCACAUGCACAAUGUUGAUGACUUGGACUUACGAACUGCGAAGCUCUUCUCAUCUGGAUGGGGCAUCAAUCCCCUCGAAGGUUAUAACGACAAUCCUUCUCCAACUUUGCAGAAGAUCGAUCUUGGGAUGAUGUUGACCGAUGAAGAGUGCUUGACAGAGGACGUGCAAACCGUUCAAGAUAUUUUUUGCACAGCUGAAUACUCGGAGAAAAAUCUCUGCAUUGGAGACAGUGGAAGUGGAGUUACAUUUUCGCUCAACGGCAGAUACUACUUGGCUGGUAUUGUCUCUCGUGGAUCCAAUUGCCUUGGUUUGAUUCAAGGAGUUAAACCAGAUGGUCAGACUCAUCUUAACCUCGCAUACCAUACCGCUGAUAUUGACACCUUGCUAGGCAUGAGAAUCGAAGAUCGCAGGAAAGAAUGGGGGAAUACUAACUAA